AUGGGAGAUUUCCGUGGAUUUUGUCCUGCUCUGCAUUUUUGUUCUCAAUCCUCGUCCAACCAUCCUGUGGUUGAGUGCGCUCGCCGGCUACCUUGCUGCGUUCCUCCUCCAAGGAAGCGCCGCAGGAAGAGAGACGCCUGCUACAACUACACUGAGCUGAAUGAUACAUGGAGAUUUUUCAAUAAUACACACACCUACUCCUCCUACUCCUCCUACAAGUGUGACCAGUCUGUCUCCUGGAGCGGCUGGUAUCGUCUCUUCAUUAACAACACUAGCGCUCAUAUCCCAGAAACGUGUGUUCCUAAGUACAGCUGUGGCACUGAUGUCCCACUGUGGAUCCGUGGUGGACACCCAACAGUAACAGAUGGAGUCGUCACUCGAGAUGUCUGCGGUCACUAUGACAAUUACUGCUGCUAUUUCGAGUCUUUUCCCAUUAAAGUCAAAGCCUGUCCAGGAGAUUAUUAUGUCUAUGAGCUGGUCAGUCCAACUCUCUGUUCUUUAGCAUACUGUGCAGACACUGGCAGCAUUAACACCAGCCCUACAACUGUCACACCAGUGACCAUCUCACCUGACCCCUGCUACAACUACAUUGUGCUGGACGAUCCAUGGAGAUCCAUCAGUAAUACACACGCUUCAGUCAAAAAGUGUGACACGUCUGUCUCCUGGAGCGGCUGGUAUCGUCUCUUCAUUAACAACACUAGCGCUCAUAUCCCAGAAACGUGUGUUGCUAAGUACAGCUGUGGCACUGAUGUCCCACUGUGGAUCCGUGGUGGACACCCAACAGUAACAGAUGGAGUCGUCACUCGAGAUGUCUGCGGUAACUGGGACAAUUACUGCUGCUAUUUCGGGUCUUUUCCCAUCAAAGUCAAAGCCUGUCCAGGAGAUUAUUAUGUCUAUGAGCUGCUCAGACCAACUCUCUGUUCUUUAGCAUACUGUGCAGACACUGGCAGCAUUAACACCAGCCCUACAGCUGUCACACCAGUGACCAUCUCACCUGGUAAUCGAUCUCUGUUAGCUUCGUUUGUGUCAGGGACUUCCUGGAAUGUCACAUGA